GGGAGUCACGCGCCUUCCAGGAAGCUACAAAACAAAACAAAACAAAAGAGCGAGAAGCAAACUCGGUGAGAAUACGAAAGAAACAAGCCAGCGAACUGAACCGCACCACCCAACCAAACAAGCCUGCGAGAGGGACGCCAGCGCGGCCCAACCGGAAGUGAGUCAGCAAAUCGAUCGUCUUAAAUUAGAUCGUCUGGAGUCACGACACCCACCCGAGUGCCGCCGCCACCUUUUGGUCCAGCUCCCCCACGCUCUUCUCCCAAGCGACCUCAAACCCCUGGGACUGGACGCCAGGCCCAGAGGUUCCCCACCGCUGAAGCGCUAGGCUGCAUCUUGCGAUGCCUCAGCCCAGCGUGAGUGGGAUGGAGCCUCCCUUUGGGGACGACUUUCAGCACUUCUCCUUCGCCGACCAGGCACUGACCAGCACCGAGCUGCUCGCCAACACCUCCGACCCUGACUUUAUGUAUGAGCUGGACAGAGACAUGAGUCACCGACAGAGUCCGUAUGGAGACGGCAUGGUGGGCGCGGCCGAUGGCGCCAAGGAUUCUGACGCUGGAACGGAGCAGCAGCUGAUGAUGACGCUUGGAGAAUGCGACGCGCCGCACGGCGGCUCGGCGUUUGAGCAGUGGGACUCCUACUGGGAGGACCUCACCAGAUACACGCGUCUAGCCAGCUGCGACAUCUGGGGCACCAAGGAGGUGGACUUCCUGGGCCUGGAUGACUUCUCCAGCCCGUACCAGGAUGAGGAAGUGAUUGGCCAAACGCCCACCUUGGCUCAGCUCAACAGCGAGGACUCGCAGCCCGUGUGCGAGGCCUUGUACCCGCCCACCGAGCCUAGUCCGCCCGGGCCCCAGCCGCCGCCCCCCGCCAAGCGAGCGCCACUCCCCGCGUCAAGCGCCGGCCUCACCCGUCCCUCGGCCAGCUGCGCCUCCUCAUCCCGCCCCUCCAGGAGCCUCCUGCCGGACUUCCCCGAAGGCUUCCAGAAGGCCACCCGGCCAGUCCCGUCCAGCACAGAGACCAUGUCCAAGACGGAGGCCAACCAGCGUGGUUCUCCUGGCAAAGGCCCUAUGCGGGCGACCCCGUCGACCAACUUUGACUUUGUGCGGAAGCCCAAAGUACGCCUGAGCGCUCACAAAGCGCAAGCCGACGCUCCUUCGCAGACCUGCUUGGAGAGGACGGAGGCCCCCCAGCCCCUGCAGCGCCACAGCGUGGCGUCCACGUCGAUCGACGCCGCUUCGCUGGCUUCUCCCGCCAGCCUCGGGUUCGGCGCAGGCCCGCCGCCAGAGGACGCCGGCCCCGCUCCCCUGGAGGGCAGCGCCCCGGGAGGGGUGCCCCGAGGGCCUGAGAGCGGCGGGCAAGGGGAGGAGGACAAGAGCAAAGAGGAAGAACACAACUACUCGUUGUUCCUCACCCGGAGCCGUCUCGCCGGCAGGAGCAUCUCACGGCUAGACGAGGAUGAUGAUGAAGAGGAGGAGGAGGAGGAAGAGGAAGAAGAAGAGGACGACGAAGAGGACGAGGAGGAAGGCGACGAGGGCGACGGGCCGGAGCUGGACGAGGAAGACCGUGAGGAAGACCUUGAGGAAGACCGCGACGAAGACCGCGACGAAGACCGCGACGAAGACCACGACGAAGGCUUUGGCAGCGAGCACGAGUUGUCUGACAACGAGGAGGAAGAUGAAGAUGACGACUACGAGGCCGAUAAGGACGACGACAUGAGCGACGCCUUCUCAGAGCCUGGCUGCGACCUGUCCCUCCCGGAGGACGCCAAGGGCCUGACGCCGGGCGUGUCGAGCCGCAAACGAGGCAAGCGCCGCUACUUCUGGGAGUACAGCGAGCAGCUGACGCCGUCCAAGCAGGAGCGCAUGCUGAAACCUUGCGAGUGGGACCGCCACACCCUGCCCAGCAACCUGUACCAGAAGAAUGGACCUCUGCACGGAAAGCACAUGCUGAAGAGGUCUCGGCGGACCGACGUUGAGGACUUGACCCCCAACCCCAGGAAGCUCCUGCAGAUCGGCACAGAGCUGCGCAAACUCAACAAGGUGAUUGGAGACCUGACGCCCGUUAGCGAGCUGCCGCUCACUGCCAGGCCGUGGUCACGCAAGGAGAAGAACAAGCUGGCCUCCAGGGCCUGCCGUCUGAAGAAGAAGGCGCAGUAUGAAGCCAACAAGGUGAAGCUGUGGGGGCUCAGCACCGAGUACGAUCGCCUGCUGUUUGUCAUCAACGCCAUCAAGGAGGAGAUCGUGAGCCGCGCCGAGGACUCGUCCCCUGGCACCAGCAGCAUGAGCGACACGCUGGACAGAAUCAUCCAGGACAAGAUCGUGUCGCCGCCUGUCGCCGGACAGACUUCGGACUUCGUCAACAAGAUCUUGGAGAACACAGGAUGCGGCGACCCCACCGGCGGGCUGGUGGGCCUGCGGGUGCCCACCUCCAAAAUGUAGACCAGCACUCUGGAGGCGCGGCAUCAGUGUUCCCGCCUCGCUGUCCCCCUUAUAACCACGCCCCCUUUGCAUGCCCUUCCCACCUGGCCUCAAUGCACACGUGUAGUCGCACGACCCCGGCUUUCCGCCCCACCCCAUCUUCCCCCACCCCCACCCUCCAGGCCAGCUGUGCCGUGACAGCGUGGAAUCCCGUCGCCACGGCGAACAGAAAGGCCUCGAUAUUGCCGAGCGGAACGGGAUGUAGUAUGGUGCUAGUUCUACACGGGCGGGGCGAAUCGGGCUGCAAGGAGGAAGAUGAAGAUGGCUCCGCCCCCCUCUUGUACAGUAGACGUGAGUGAGUUCAUGCUAGUGUUCCGAAUGAUCCGAUUCUAUUCAUUGUGCCUUGUGUGUGUGCGCGCGUGUGACGGCGGGAGAAAUAUUUGUGUGUGCGCGUGGAAAGAGAAGUUGUGAUGUGUUCAAAGAUCUUGUGAAUGUGCGUAAAUAUGAGCGCUCUGCUUGCUCGAUGCCACAGAGUCACUGUAUGCGUGCGUGCGUGCGCGCGCGCGUGUGUGUGUGUGUGUGUGUGUGUGUGUGUGUGUGUGUGUCUGGGGAGGGGGCUCUGCAAUAGAUGACAGUUGCUGGGUGGUACUCUCCAGGUGGGCGAGGCUGAGAGCUAUUUUUGCGUUACAAAGGAAUAUUUGCACACUCGUAAUCUAUUUUCAUUGAUUGUUUUGUACCAAAGACAUGCAACAAAAUGGCCACCCAGCCAGGCAACGUAAGGUUUUGCACAGCUUACAUGACGCCGUAUUGAAUGUAGAAGUUGGGGGGGUAUAUUGGGGAAGGGGUGGGGUGGGAGGGUCUGAGGUACCCCAAUAGAACUGUGAAGCUCGUUGGGUCCACAAAUGAAACAUUUCUUUUUCGGUCCACGCGACAAGCUAAAUGUGCUAAGUGCGCUAACUAGAUAAGCUACCUGUUUGUUUGUUUUUUGGGGGGGGGGGGGUUGUCGUAAACACAAGAACCAAAAUGUUCCUUAUCUGCUCCCCUGCCCUGCGCACUGUGCCGUCUUUGGCCGCAUCAGUUGCUGCGGCUGUCGCUCUUCAAGCGAGCGUGAGCGUGGUGCCUUCGGACGUGCGCGUGCAGCAAAAUGAAGGCUUGCCGCUGGGCCGCACGGCCGAAAGGGCUUUGUCCUUGUUUCUUCGAACGCUUGGAAAAACUUCACAAGGCACUUGCGACAUGGCGAGCAAAAUUUAAAUCUGAAUUUCAAAAUGUACAAUUAUCGUCUUGUACUAUUCUGCCUUUUAUUCAAAACAAAAAGACUAUCGUGCAGGGACCUCCGAUUUCUGUAAUCAUGUCAAAAUCAGAAGUUUCGGGUUUGCAUGCCGGCACUUUUUUUCCAAGUCCCUGUGAUGUCCGUCGCCCACGUUUCCGUUGCGUUGAAAAGCGGACGGAAUCAAAGUUGCGCUUCUAUUUUUGUACCUUUGCUGCGUGCUGGCCGGCCAGCAUUGAAGGCUUGAAAGGUGCGCCAACGGAAACGCAAACUUACAUUCCCAGCAAUUGUAACACAACAAGUUGACGUUCCCGCUUCCAGAAUGUUGCUUUCUUUGUUUUCCGCACAGUGAGAGUGAAUAGCAGCUUGCGCUGGACAACUAUAGAAGUCGUCGUCGUGGAUCUGUCAAAAUCUUUUCUAUUUGUACCGGUGCGGUUGCGUCGAAAGAAGGGAGAACUUGGUGCUCUUUGGGAACGACGAUCCAAGACUCUUAUUUGACUGGCUUUCCUCUCCUCUCCCGUCCAGUUCCAUUUCUGUAAAUAGUUACAAAGUUAAGUGUGCUUGAUAUCUACACUAUAGAAGAGUCACUAUAUCAAGAAAUAUAUAUAUAUAUAAUAUACAUGUCAAGAAUCCUAUAUAUGUUUAACGCAAUUGCACUUUGUCCAAAAAAAGAAAAAAAGAAAAAAGAAAAGCAUUUCUCUUCCAUUUGCUGCUAAAAAAAAAAGGCCUGGUGUGAAUGCUGCAAGUGUACUUGAGCGCCACGAGCUCGGCCGCUCUUCGUGGACCGGGCCGGCCUCCGAUAUUUGGGAGUCGGCUUAGGACCUGACUGGUUGCGGCCCACGGCUCACCCUUAUGAUGAUCGUGGCACAGUCUGUGACGGGACUCGGUGCGGUCUUUGACCUCGACCCUUUGCCGUCUCCGAUCUGGUCCGCCACAUUGUGAGCUGACUUUGUCCGCUAUAUGACUCAGGUCUGUGACCCGGCCCGGCCAGGUCUACGAGGCGGUUUAGGAGCGGGUUCGGAACCGUGCGUGGUUCCCAGGAAGCCCGUCGUCUGGUCCGGGUUUAAAUCCGGGCGCGCACGGUGAUCCCUUUGCCUUGAGAUGAGAUUUCCUAUGGAAAAGUGAUUGCGCUUUGACUUUUUUCAGGGUGAUAUCCAGCCUAGAGAGCUAUAUGCUAUAUUGUUAGCGUUUGUAAACUGAUUUCUACUUGUGACUUAACGAGGGGCCGGGGCUUAGAAGUUCUAUAUCACUGUACUGUAUAUGGCACGCCAACAACCAAGACGUCAAUCUGGAUUUUAUGGCCUUCUCUUCAACUGCUUUUCACGCUCAACAACUAAUCAAUAAAUAACGCGGGCGCGUGCUCGCCCUAUACGGUCAAAGUCAACUCAAACCCGCUCGGCCUGAUUGGCUCAGAACCACCUCGACUGAAGUAGCAAACUUUGUCAGUUCCGUGGGGGGGUCAACCACCGGCUGAUUGACAGUGACUGGCUGUCGUGCGUGCAUGCGUGUGUGCGUGCGUGUGUUGGGAAAAGAUGGGAACUCUGUGGCAUUUUUUCCAGUUCAGGAAAAGAAAGGAGAGAGACUUCCCGCCAGUAAAUGUCGUUCUCUUCAUUGGAGGUGUUAACGUGUGCUACUUUGUCAAAUAAUAAACGUGGAUGCUGAA